AUGGAUGAUGAGUCCCAACUGGCCGACACUGUUGACGACCUGGAACGCAAAUUGGACAUCGAGAAAAACAGAUCAGCAGUCUUGGAGGCAUGUCUUCGGGAGCAAGUAUCUUAUCCCAAUGGUUACCAACUGUGGCGUGGAAUCUGCUACAAGGCCUUCAACACUGCUAAGACCUUUAACGAAGCAGCUGUAACCUGUCGCAAAGAUGGCGGCACCCUCGUCAUGCCCCGAGAUGCUGAGACCAACGCCUUCCUGAUCUCCAUAAGGGGAGACACUUCUAUGUUCUACAUCGGCCUGCAAGAUCAACGUGAAGAAGGGAUAUUUGAAUGGGCUGAUGGUUCUGCACUAGGGGAGUACAACUCGUGGGCUCAGGACAGCACGUAUCCUGGUGGAACAAAUGGCCGUCGUCGUGUGAUUCGUGACUUCGUUCGGUCCUACCGUGGCUGCAUCGUGGGCGUUACUGCUGUGGUGGCAACCCUGAUCAUCGUGGGACUCGUCGUGAUGGUGUUUAUCUAUAAAGAGGUAUUUUAUUUUGUGCCAUACUAG